AUGUCUUCUAACAUACCACCUGUUAAUAAUAAAUUUGGAGUAAUAUCUGCUACUUAUUAUAAUCAACUCCUCAAUAAUAAUUUUCAAAAUUUAAAUAAAACAAAGAGGAGCAAACCAAGGCAACCAUUUUCAAUCACAAGACAUUUCAUCUUGAAAUUCAACAAUACAUGUGACCUAGGAGAGAGUGAAUAUUUAAAGGAACAAAUUAGAAGAACUAUUCUUAGAUGUAAGAGAAGACUGGGUCUCAGAACCUUAGGCUCUGGGAAGCACGUGGAUAUCCCUUCUGGGUGGACGGAAGCGAUAUAUCUGGCUCAGUGCAAAGGAGACAUCCAAGAAGAAGCUUUAAAUGUGCUUUAUGCUUCCCUGGACCAUGCACCCUUUGAUUACAAUCAGCUACCUGUGUUGUUUUUUGUUGCGGAAUCAGUUUUAUAUAGACUCUGCUGUGAUGCAUUCUUAAAGACAUACUUAUAUUCAGUUGAAAUGAAGUUGGCAAAGAUUGGCUAUUUGGUCUUCUUACGACUUUUUGUAUUUUUUCUGCAUGAUCACUUGGGAUGUUUUAAAAGACAUUUACUUAGGCUUCGACCAUAUUUACAAGCGCUUUCUUUAUCUGAAGAAACAUAUUGCACGUUUGGAAACAAAAAGAAUUAUGAAGGGGCAAGAUCCUUCAAAGAAGAUGGGUUCCAGGAAAGUUUGCAAUUUAAACAGAAAGGCUAUGAAGUUAGCAACCUGCUCUGGCACUGCGUUGCUGCUUGGUCCUGUGUUCAGAAAAAUAGUUCUAAAUUGAACAAUGUGCUUGAACAUCUCAACUGCUAUAAAGGACAACUUCAACAGAAGUGCUGGUUGGAUUCAACACUAGCUUUGUUGGUUCUUGGAGAGGCUUCUAAAUUAAACAUGGUCUGCUUAAAAGCCUUGAUGGAUCUAAUAAGAGAUUUUAUUUCAAACAUUAUUUCUGCUCAAAAUCAGGAAGAAAGCUACAAGGACAAUAAUAUUGUCUGGGCCUGGAAUAUAGUCUACACAUAUAUAACAAUUAUGGCAGAAAUCUGUUUAUAUGCAGCCACUUCUAAUUUGCGGAAAACUGCUUUUACUGGUUUCUGUGCUUGUGAAAGCAAACAGAAACAUAUCUUACACAUAGGAAACAGAACAGAAGAUGGACCAGUAUUAAGGGAAGCCAGUGUUUUAGGUCUCUUGAAAUAUUUCUCUUCAAAAAUAUCAGAUAAUUGUCACCAAGUGAUCUGGACUGGAUACUAUGGGAUAGUAUGUAAUCUGGUGAAAAUGUCCUGGGAACUUCGGGCAGAUGAGGAGCAGGACGGUCUUAGAAACGUAAUUUGGCAAACACUCCAGUUAAUAAAGCGUCAUGAGAAAGAUACGCGAAUCCAAACGGCACUGAAGAUAGCGCAGGCUGAGUUAAAUGAACCAAUUGAUCCUUUCACUAGUACAAAAGUUCCAUCAAAUGUAGGGGAUGAAACUGUGUCCAAAUACAUAGGAUGGAGAGUUGCCAAGACACUUUCCAACCUAUUCUUUUCCUCCACGGAUGACCUGGCUUUUCCUUUGAAGAAACCACAAUCAGGAGUUCUAAUGAAAUAUCCACAGAAAAAGGAGGAUCCCAAGAAGAAGAGACUUCUCCGUUUCAGUGUAAGGGAACAUCCUUCUAAGUCAGAGAUCCCUAUGUGUCCAUAUCCAGAUUUCCACAGCAAGGUGCAUGAACAGAUGGCAAGGAUCAUUGACCAUUACUGGGAGGAAGAGCUAAAGAACAGAGAGAUGGAAGAUGCCAAGGCCUUGGCUGAAGAACUCAAAGAGAAAAAGUUAAGGGAGAAAAAUCACUUCCAAGAAAUUAUGAAGAGAAGAGAAGAGAAAUUACAUAAGAAAAGCAAACCCUAUGAGCUUUCUCCAAGAGCUGCAGUAGUUUCAUUAGAAAACAAAAUGGCACACACAAAAGUUGAGGCACACAUUGCAAAAAAAAUGCUGAAGUAAUUUUACAUCAGUAAACCUUUAUUGUGAUUAAUUUGAAGACGCUUUUUAGAAAGGAGUUAUUAUUCUAAUAAUCAAAUCUGAAUUGUUAGCUCAUAAUAACACACAGUUCAUUGGUUUCACCAGCUAAAAAAAUUUCAGGAAUAUGGUGAGUGUUUUUGCUAACUGACUUUUA